AUAAAUUAAAAUGUGAGAAAGGAAUAGAGAAGAAGAAUGUCUCUCUUUCUCUGAACUGCGUAGGUGUGAAUGGCUGCUAGCUAGCAUGGUGGAAAGCUGUCCACUCUCUGUCUUUCUCCAAAUAUAGCAACUCACAACGCCAAUCUCUUCAGUUUUCAAGUUUCCAUGCUCCCUAAAUUCUCUUCAACAACCUUGAGUUGAUUUCAGUGUUCCUCUGUUUGCAAAGUCACACACACUCCCCUAACUGCUACUGUUCCUUGUCUCACUCCCUCUUUCUCUUUCAGUAAAAUUAUCCCAAUUCUCUAUUUUUCCUCUGCUCCAACCUCAUCUCCAUCAUCAUAUUCACCUAUUUCUUUCUUCUUUCUCACACCUCCUUUCUUCUUCUUGUUUCUUUCCACUUUUUCUUUUCCCCUUUAAUCUGUUUGGUUUCUCUGCAAUCGAAGACCUUCCCGGACUUAGGUUAAGAGAGAGUAAAUAAAUUUAUCUUCUUUUCGUGUCUUUCUUUGUUGGGUAAGUAAAACAAUGUUUUUUUGGGUAACUUAGGCCACCCAAUCUGAAAUUCAAGUUUUGCUUUGGCUAUAGCAAAUUAGCAGUACUGUUGGGAUACUAUUUGAGUGUCAAUUGUUGGUUGGUUGGUCUAAUUGUCUUGCACCCUGGUUCUGUUACAUGUGAUGGAACCUUGGAGCUAUGUUCCUGAAGAAAAGGAGUGUGUCUCCAAUGAGGGACUCUCGUCUCCCAACACUCUCGGGAGGAACAAAAAUUCUUUCUUGGGCUGGGAACUCAAAACCCCAUGUGGUUUUCCCAACGACAUGUUGGGUUUGGGUCAGCACAGCAUUGAGAAUCAAGGUUUUGAGGAAUUGGGUCUUCCCGAAAUGUUGGGGAAACAGCUGUCCGAUGAUCUAAUUGGGAGUGUUCAAAGUAGAAAGGUGGAUGGUAGACAACAACACAGUGACAGAAUCACUAGUACUGUUGUGGAUACCCCAAGUGGGUUUUCUCAAAGAGGGUACUCAAAUUCUAAGCUUUCAUACUCAAAUUCCCUCAUUGAUUUGAAACUGGGUCGAUUUGCUGACCAUGGAGAUGCCCCUGAUCUGGGGUUUUCCAAAGUUUUGUCUUCUGAGUCAUCAACGCCUCCUAAGAGAGUGAGAGCUUCUGGGCUACAAUCUCAGACGGCUUAUUGCCAAGUCUAUGGCUGUAACAAGGAUCUCAGCUCUUGUAAGGAUUACCACAAGAGACACAAGGUGUGUGAAGUCCACUCCAAGACUGCCACUGUUAUAGUCAAUGGCAUUGAGCAGAGGUUUUGCCAGCAAUGUAGUAGGUUUCAUUUGCUGGCUGAAUUUGAUGAUGGUAAACGAAGUUGCCGUAAGCGCCUUGCAGGGCAUAAUGAGCGAAGAAGAAAACCACAAAUGGGUAUUCACUCCGGAAAAUCUGGAAGGUUGCUUCAGCCAUGCGGGGAUAGCAGAUUUCAGGGAAACAUGCUAACAUCAUCUUUUAUUCGCCCAGAGAUGCUUCCUAGUGGCAUCAUGCAUUCGGAUAAAUAUGGUGUGAAUGGCUUCUGGAGACCUAUCAAAGCAGAACAUGGGGCUGGUUUUAGGCAUCUUUCUUCUAUGCCUAUAACCAACGGACAUCCUCAGUCAAAAUCUUUAUUUCCAUCAUAUAACGAAAAACAAUUUCCUUUUCUUCAUGAAAAUGGUGCUACAUCCACCGCUGGAGGCAUCUUCUGUGAGAGCAAUAACCACUAUCCACAUGCUCUUGGAGCCCAAAAUUCUGGGUUGAGACCACUAUUCCAGGACACAGUAGGAAAUGAGGACUUCAAUGUUUUUGAUACAACAUCAACUGUUCAAGGAUUGUCGGGGAUUUCAGACUCUUGUGCUCUCUCUCUUCUGUCAUCUCAAUCCCAAAACUCUUCAAGUCAAUCAUCAGGAAUUCCCUUGGCUCAUUCCUUGGUUAUUCCAAGCAGUCAUAACCAUCACUACAACAUUAGUCAGGUCUCUGGAAAGAUAGGAAUAAGCUCACAGACUUCUUCAAGCCGAGUGUCCAAUAGUUUUCCAUCAGAACUGAAUCAUGCAGAUGGAAGUCAUCUCAGUCCUGUACUAAUAUCAGACAAUAAUGAUAUUGUAAACUUUGAUAUUGCAGAUGGUAUCUUCCAAGGUUCAGAUUUCGUGAAUGUGAAAGAUCGUCUUUCCUGUGAAGAUGGUGCAACCAUUAACUUGUUACAAUUGUCAUCACAGCUUCAGCGAGUUGAGCAUGACAGACAAUCCCUGCAGGUGAAGCAAGAGAAUGAUUCUUGUUGCACUCUGCGGAUUACAUGAAGUGCUUUGAAAGACUAUUGGCACUUUGCUGCAGGAAACAAGUUGUGCAGCAUGUAAUUGACACGCUUAUACCAGUCGUCUUUGACAAUGUAAGCCACAGGGAAAUAGAAACUUGAAAUGUUGUCAUUUUCAUCUGUUCAAGAACUUGUCUGCAGAAUAACUGAUCGACUAAACAAGUCAGGCUAUAUCUAUGAUAUUAGUUGGGACACAAUUGUCCAUCUGUAUUUUAUAUGUCCAUGUGGAUGUAAUAAACAAAAGCCUUGUAUGUAUCAAAAUUUGCUCUACGGGGGGCAUUAACACUUAAAUCAGGACAAUUGUUUACUCGAACUGACACUGAAUUUCGUGCAAUAUUUGGCAAUGACGUUUUGUUGUA